GGCAUCUUCUUGUAGAGUAGAGAAGAGAAGAGAAGAGAAGAGCCAAGGCAAUGGAGAGCAGCAGCUUGAAAACCCUAGCAACCCCUUUCUCUCUUAACCCAUUUCUUCGCUCCAGGGCUGGAGCAGCACCUCCUCUGUUUGCCUCUAUGUACUUUGCUCAUCUCAACCGCCUCAGACUCCGCCGCGUCACUCUUUCCUCCACUCGCUCACAGUCUUCUUUGGCUCCUCAUGGGGCAGGGGAGGCACUCAAGCAAGUCUCCCAAACUAAGAUUCUUCAAGUGGUUCUCGUGUCUCCCCAGAUUCCUGGAAAUACAGGUUGCAUUGCCAGAACAUGUGCAGCAUCAGCAGUUGGGCUUCAUCUAGUUGGGCCAUUGGGCUUUCAGAUUGAUGAUACAAAAUUAAAGCGUGCUGGAUUGGACUAUUGGCCAUAUGUGGUCGUUAAAGUUCACAGCUCAUGGGCAGACUUUCAAGACUACUUCAGGCAACAGGAUGGUGAAAAGCGGUUGCUUGCAUUUACAAAGAGAGCAACAAAAUUUCAUUCAGAUUUCUCUUACAGAAAAGGUGAUUUUCUCUUAUUUGGGUCAGAAACCAGCGGCCUACCACCUGAAGCCCUCCAAGACUGCAAGAGUGGAACAUUUGGUGGUGGAACCCUUAGGAUUCCAAUGGUUGAAACGUAUGUAAGAUGUCUCAAUCUUUCUGUAAGUGUUGGCAUUGCGUUAUAUGAAGCUUCGAGACAGCUAAAUUAUGAGCAACUUCAACUUCCACUUGAAAAUUGUACUGAUCGUGAAAAAUCAAUUGUCACAGAGGAUAUUUUUGCAUAGCGCAAAUUGUAAUGGAAGUUUAUGUUUUGCUAGCAAGAACUUGAGAAACACAACAUCAAGUAGACCCCCUCAAUGCAAUGGUAGAGUGACUCCAUAUGGUAGAGUCUAG